UCUAGCGGCAAUUGGCGAAAACGAAAAAACUGCGGUGGAGAAAGAAUCGUCUCCUGAAUUCGGGUGAUGAUUUCCGUCGCCGACUCGCAGUAAAUUCGGCCAAAUUCCCCAGACCGAGGGCACCGUACGCACACUCAUCUUCACUUUUGCCGACACGAUGGCCUCCGACGAUCCUGAGGAAGAAACUUUCGCCGGUGAGGAAGAUGAAGAAGUAGAGGGUGGAGAGGAAGAGGUCGCAGGAGAAGGGAAGGAAGAGAACGACUCUGAGGGCGCCGCACCAGCUGGACAACAGGAGGAAGAUGAUGAUUAUGAGCCUGGUGAUUCCAAAAAGCGCAAAAAAGGGAAGAAGCGGAAAGCUCGAGGAGAAGAAAAAAAGGGAAAGAAGAAGAAAAAGAAGAAGAAGAAUGACUCUGAGGAGAGUGAGAAUGCAGAGGAAGAGGCUGGAGACUCGGACCACGGUAGCAAGAAGGGCCGCCGCUCUCGGGGCCAGAAAACCUCAACCCCUGCCGCAAGCAGCAGUGCCGCUGCUUCUGCUGAUGCCUCUGUCUCUGAUAUGCCCAGCAUUGACGAAGUUUGCAAGACGUUCAGCCUUACAGACGUAGACAUCGACUAUACAGAUGAAGAACUUGCCAAUUUGAUCACAUAUAAGCAAUACAUGGCACACAUUAGGCCUCUCUUGGCCAAGGAAAAUCCAAAGGUUGCUAUAUCAAAACUUAUGAUGCUUGUGGCAGCCAAAUGGAGAAAGUUUGCUGCUGAAAACCCUCACAUGCAACAAGAGGAAUCAUUAGAGUCGGAGUACACUCCUAAGCCUAGCAGAUCUCGCGCCUCAGCAACGCCUGCUGCUCAGGAAGAGGAGGAAGAGAUAGACGAUGAAGAGGAAGACAGGAGCAAAAGGAAGCGAGGUCGCAAGAAGGGUGGCAAGAAGAGCGGAGGCAAAGUUCCCACCCUCAAGAUUAAAUUGGGCAAGCGCAAGAGAGGCAGUUCUGACGAAGAAAAGAGCGUCACUGACCGCGACUCGGAUGCUGAAUUCGAGCAAAUGCUUCAAGAGGCUGAAGAAGCUGCCAAGCCGGAGGAAGUUGAGGCUGAAGUUGUUGAACCGCCUGUGAGGAGGAAGGCGAAGACCAAAAUUGGUAACAAAACCAAAAAGAAAAAGAAGACCAAGACUACCAGCAAAUUCCCCUUGGGUGAAGGAGAAGAAGGGUUUGAAGUGACUGACCACCAAGACUAUUGCGAAGUUUGUCAGCAGGGUGGAGAAAUUAUCCUUUGCGAUACUUGCCCACGAGCUUAUCACUUGGUAUGUUUGGAGCCAGAGCUUGAGGAGGCUCCAGAAGGCAAGUGGUCUUGUCCUCACUGCGAAGGUGAAGGAGUGCAGGAGCAAGAGGAGGACGAGCACAUGGAAUUCUGCCGAGUUUGCAAGGAUGGCGGCGAGCUGCUGUGUUGUGACCAGUGUCCGUCCGCCUAUCACACAUUCUGCCUCAAUCCACCGCUGACAGAAAUUCCGGACGGUGAUUGGAAAUGUCCCAGAUGUUCAGCCGAGCAACUUCCUGGCAAGGUCAGCAAGAUUCUUACAUGGCGAUGGGUGGAGAAGAAAGAUGUUGAAGAUAAAAAGAAUGAAGAGCAAACAGUGAAAAAACGAAAUGCUAAGAGACAGAGAGAAUUCUUUGUCAAGUGGGCAGACAAAUCUUACUGGCACUGCUCUUGGAUCACAGAGCUUCAAAUGGAUGUUUUCCAUCCGGCUAUGUUCCGUUGCUAUUGCAGGAAGUACGACAUGGAUGAGCCUCCCAAGCUGGACGAGUCACUCGAUGAGAUGGAUAACAGGAUGAAGAGACUGAAGGAAGCAGGCGUCGAUGGUGUCGAGUUUGAAGAGAAGUUCUACAGAUAUGGAGUCAAGCCUGAGUGGCUCAUCGUUCACCGCGUCAUCAACCAUAAGCAACUGCGAGACGGGUCCUGUAUGUAUUUGGUUAAGUGGAGAGAUUUGGGAUAUGACCAAACAACUUGGGAGUUUGAUGAUGGCACCAUACAUGGAUUGCACUUAGCUGUUGAUUAUUACCAGGAUCUUCGCACGUCUUUGAAUGCCGAUGGUAAUAGCAGUAAGAAGGGCAAAAAAGGCAAGGGAAAAAAAUCCAAAACAAGAGAGCUACAGGAGGAUGAAGAAAGAGCACCUCGUCGUUACACUCCACCCCCAGAGAGGCCAGUUACAAACCUGAGUAAGAAGUAUGAGAAGCAACCCGAUUACAUUGAACAAACCAACAUGCAACUUCAUCCAUAUCAGCUGGAGGGUCUCAACUGGUUGCGUUACAGCUGGGGCCAGGGCAUAAACACUAUUUUAGCUGAUGAAAUGGGUCUCGGAAAAACCAUCCAGACCAUUGUGUUUUUGUACUCAUUGUACAAGGAAGGUCAUUGCAAGGGACCCUUCCUAGUCAGUGCCCCUCUCUCAACCAUCAUUAACUGGGAGCGUGAAUUUGAAACCUGGGCUCCCGAUUUCUAUUGCGUCACAUACGUGGGCGACAAGGACUCUCGCAUGGUCAUUCGAGAACAUGAGCUGUCCUUUGACGAAAAUGCUGUCAGGGGAGGCACUAGGGUAUCCAAAAUGAGAUCAAGUAACGUCAAGUUCCACGUCCUACUCACAAGUUACGAGUUAGUUUGUAUUGACGCCGCCUGCCUGGGAUCAAUUGAUUGGGCCUGCUUGGUAGUUGAUGAAGCUCACAGAUUGAAAAACAACCAGUCCAAGUUCUUCCGUCUGCUGAAUGGAUACCGAAUAAAUUACAAGCUGCUCCUUACUGGAACGCCUCUACAAAACAACUUAGAGGAGUUGUUCCAUUUGCUGAACUUCUUGGAGAAAGACAAGUUCAAUGACCUUACAGAGUUCCAAAACGAGUUUGCCGAUAUUUCAAAGGAAGAGCAAGUCCAGAAAUUGCAUGACAUGCUGGGACCUCACAUGCUGCGUCGUCUUAAAGCUGAUGUGCUCAAGAACAUGCCCACUAAAUCGGAAUUCAUUGUCCGAGUUGAGCUGUCUCCGAUGCAGAAGAAAUACUACAAAUACAUUCUUACAAGGAACUAUGAGGCUCUGAAUGCAAAGGGUGGUGGUCAGCAAGUGUCUUUGCUUAACAUAAUGAUGGAUCUGAAGAAGUGCUGCAACCACCCCUACUUGUUUCCUGCUGCGUCAAUGGAGGCCCCUGUGGCUCCAAAUGGCACUUAUGAACUCCAAGCUUUGGUAAAGGCAUCAGGAAAGCUGGUACUGCUUUACAAAAUGCUUCACAUUCUAAAGGAGUCUGGCCACAGAGUGCUGAUCUUCUCUCAGAUGACCAAAAUGUUGGACAUCCUAGAGGAUUACCUUGAGGGUGAAGGAUACAAAUACGAGCGAAUUGAUGGCAGUAUCACUGGCACAAUGAGACAAGAGGCCAUUGACAGAUUCAAUGCGCCAGGUGCUCAGCAGUUUGUUUUCCUUCUUUCUACAAGGUCUGGAGGUUUGGGCAUCAACUUGGCCACAGCCGACACUGUCAUCAUCUACGACUCUGACUGGAACCCCCACAACGAUAUCCAAGCCUUCUCUCGAGCCCAUCGUAUCGGCCAGGCUAACAAGGUCAUGAUCUACCGGUUUGUGACUCGUAACUCUGUAGAAGAGAGGGUCACACAAGUUGCAAAACGUAAAAUGAUGCUCACACACUUGGUUGUGCGCCCUGGAAUGGGUGGCAAGAGCACUAACUUCACCAAGCAGGAACUGGACGACAUCCUGAGGUUUGGUACCGAGGAAUUGUUCAAGGAAGAAGAAGGGAAAGAAGAAGAAGCUAUUCAUUAUGAUGACAAGGCCAUCUCAGAUCUUUUGGACAGAACCAAGGAGGGCAUUGAGCAGAAGGAGAACUGGGCCAACGAAUAUCUCUCAUCAUUCAAGGUGGCAAGUUACGUGACCAAGGAAGGCGAUGAUGAGGAGGAGGAAGCGGCUACAGAAAUUAUCAAGCAAGAGGCAGAGAACACAGACCCUGCGUACUGGGUGAAACUGCUUCGCCACCAUUACGAGCAGCAGCAAGAAGACCUAGCCCGCACCCUUGGCAAGGGCAAACGUGUCCGCAAACAGGUCAACUACAAUGAUGCUGCUGACGGAAGAGAUGACACCACCUGGCAAGACAACCUCUCAGACUACAACUCUGAAUUUUCUGCUCCAUCUGACGAUGAUAAAGAGGAUGAUGACUUUGAUGAAAAGGGUGAUGGAAAUGAAGCUGGUAGAAGGAGUGGAAGAAGAAGAGGAAUGGAAAGGAGGGAUGAAAAGGACAGGCCUCUGCCACCGCUUCUUGCUCGUGUUGGUGGAAAUAUCGAGGUUCUUGGCUUCAACGCACGCCAGAGAAAGGCUUUCCUCAAUGCCAUCAUGCGUUACGGAAUGCCUCCGCAAGACUCUUUCAACUCUCAAUGUUUCUAUAGGUUGGUACGUGAUCUUCGUGGCAAGUCAGAACGCAAUUUCAAGUCGUAUGUGUCGCUUUUCAUGCGCCAUCUCUGUGAGCCUGGCGCCGACAAUGCAGAAACUUUUGCUGAUGGAGUACCUCGUGAGGGCCUCAGCCGUCAACAUGUCUUGACUCGAAUUGGUGUAAUGUCGCUUAUUAGGAAGAAGGUGCAGGAGUUUGAGCACAUCAAUGGAUACUACAGUAUGCCUGAAAUUGUGAAGAGGCAGACGAAGACCGAGAAUCCAGAGGUGCCAAGCACUGCAACCAGCAACAGUGCUACACCAGCUACAAGUGCUGCUGCCAGUCCCUUGCCAAUGAAAGAUGAGGAGAAUAAGGACGCACCAGCAGCUGCCAAAGAGGGGGAGGCUGCUGCUGCAAAGGAGGUAGAAAAGGAAAAGACUGAAAAGGACGAGGCUGUCUCGGAGGAGGCACCUAAGGAGUCGCCUGAAAAGAAAGAAGAGGCAAUGGAAGUAGACACAUCUCCUAAGAAGGACAAAUCGGAGGAAGAGAAGGUUGAGGAAAAACCAGAAGAAGAAAAGAAAGAACCCAGUAAGGAAGAGGAGGAAAAGGAGAAGAAACCUGAGGAAGCCGACAAAGUUGACGGAAAAACUGAUGAGAAGGACGAGACCAAAAAAGAGGAAACCAAGAAAGAUGAUAUCAAGGAGGAAGAUAAGAAGGACGAUAAAACAGAAGAGGAAUCUAAAACGGAUGAGGAUAAGACCAAGCGCCGCUUUAUGUUCAACAUUGCUGAUGGUGGUUUCACCGAACUCCACACUCUUUGGCAGAAUGAAGAGAAGGCUGCAGUACCUGGUAGAGAGUACGAAAUCUGGCACCGCAGACAUGACUAUUGGCUGCUUGCUGGAAUUGUUACUCACGGGUACGGCAGAUGGCAAGACAUCCAGAAUGAUAUCCGUUUUGCAAUCAUCAACGAGCCCUUCAAGAUGGAUGUUGGAAAGGGCAACUUUCUGGAAAUCAAGAAUAAAUUCCUUGCGCGCAGAUUCAAGCUCUUGGAGCAAGCAUUGGUGAUUGAGGAGCAGCUGAGGCGUGCUGCCUACCUGAAUCUCACUCAGGAUCCUAAUCAUCCAGCAAUGAGCCUCAAUGCUAGAUUCGCGGAGGUUGAGUGCUUGGCUGAAUCCCAUCAGCAUCUCUCAAAGGAGUCGUUGGCUGGAAACAAACCAGCUAAUGCUGUCCUCCAUAAGGUGCUCAACCAGUUGGAGGAACUUCUCUCUGACAUGAAGUCUGACGUGAGUCGUUUGCCUGCUACCUUGGCCCGCAUCCCUCCCGUGGCUCAACGCCUACAAAUGUCUGAGCGCUCCAUCCUCUCCAGACUAGCCUCGCCUGGAGGCGUGCCUAGUGGAAGUGGAGGCAGCAGCUCUCAGUCAAGCGCUGCUGCCGCAGCUGUUGCGGCUGCCCAGGCUGCUGGCCUCCUUGGCCAGUUCCCACCAGGGUUCCCCACUGGGCAACUGCCCGGCUCCUUCAGCGCCGCUAACUUUGCCAACUUCAGGCCCCAGUACUCUGUUCCUGGACAGCCUCAGUCCUCUUCUGGAAACUACUCUGGCAAAAAUAAAUGAUUCGCAGGGACCUCUGGUCGCUCUGAUGACAGCAGGACUCGAACAAGCGGCGGUGGCGACAAGAAUCUGAUACUUAUCGACGACUGAGCAGCCUGAGCUCACACGCACCUUCUUUCCUGUCAGCAUUUCGUCUAAUUCUCAUCUUCAGUUGCAUUAGUUGUAUCCAUUUGAUUCAUUUUUAUUGCUUAUAAGAAUACGUAUUAUUUAUUUUUGGAUUCGCACAGCGCGGUUAUCUUUGUUUAGUGCAAUAGAUUUUUUGCUAUUCGAUUUGGGAAUUUUGAAAUAAUAAAUUACUGCUCUUGAACAAACCGGCACCCAAAUUUGACUUAAUCCCCACCCUGAGGCGGUGUCUGGUAGCUAAGAUUUUUUGCAAGUUAUGAAUUUACAUCUUGAUAAAGGCAGUCGGUGAUUGUGUCGCGAGACAUUCCUCUUCUUUCCCACUUCUUGGAUGAUGCCCUGUGUAUGAAUUUGUGUCUAGAAAACAAGUGUGAACGAUAAAAUUGCAUAUUGACCAGUUACUGUCAAGUCUUUUGUCACUUAAAUAAUUCAUGCAUUAUCAAUAUAAAAAUUAUUUUCAAGAUAUUUGUGAUUGUACGAUCGAUUUUGUUGACUAUUGUUAUUACUAUAAAAGGAGGGUGUUUCUUUCAAAUUGGCCAAGUAACACAAAAAAUACUUAACGAUUGGGGGUAAAUUAAAUUUAAAGCAGACUCAAAAUGAAAAAGUCCAAUAAUUAAAUUUAACAACCAUUGAAGAUGCGAUACCUUGUAUUAAUUUUGCAUUUUGCUCAGAUGAGCUUUGAUCAGCUGAGGUGUCUGUUUGAAAAAUUUCUGUCUAGAUGAACUCUGCAAUUAACUUUCAUUCAGAGCAAAUUAUCAGACACCAAUCAAGUAUGCUUAAAAAUGAAGCUGUUAAUUCUGAAUUUAGUGGAUAGAUAAGGAGGCGCAGUACAAUGAAUGAACAUUGGAACCAUAUGGCUUUUAGAUUUUCUUUGGGUUUAUGAAAGACAAAAAAUUUUGCACAUAUAAGCUAAUGAGAUCUUUUAUCUUUUGCCAGUGCAAAUUGGACGCUAAAAUUUUUUUUUUCAGUUUGGUGUAAAUUCCACCAUUGGUUUCUAACUCAAAAUUUAUAUGCCAUGCAAACAGUGUUUGGUCAUUUUUUUUCUUUUGAUCAUACCAUAUACCACUUCAAUUAUAUUUUAUGUCAAAACUGAUAAAGAAAUUGACCUUAAACAGAGGUUGUACUUGUAAUAAUUCACAUUAGGGGGUUAAUUAUUGUUCUCAUGAUGUAGUGUAAGAAAAUUGAAUUUUUGGAACGUAAGAGCAGUUUUUCUAUUAAUAAAUAAUAUUGCAACAUGAUGCAAACGUCUGGCUGAAUCGUGGCACACGUCUGUAUUAAUUUUUAAACGGCAAAAUAAAGUAAGAAAACCACCAA